GGCCAUUUUAUAUUUGAUUCUUGUUUGUGUGGAAAUUUGUCUCGCUUUGUAGUCAGUGGUUUUUCUCCAUUUUGACUCAAUUUUCCUGUAAUUUUAUUAAAAAAAAGGUGUUAAUUAUUUUUCGGACAGGCCGAAUAAAUACCGGAAAACGGAAAACACGAUGCCGGGUUUUAGCAGCGCGGGCACGUUCAAAAUCUUUAUCGGAAACCUCGCCGAGAAAACCAGCGUGUCGGAGCUGCGACCAUUGUUCGAGAAAUACGGCAAAGUGGUGGAAUGCGACGUCGUCAAGAAUUACGGUUUCGUCCACAUGGAAAACGAGUCGGAGGGCCGGGAAGCCAUCCAGCAACUGAAUGGUCAAAUGCUGAACGGGCAGUCGAUGAAAUGCGAGGCGGCCAAGAGCCGUAAAGCCCCUCAAACUCCGACGACCAAGAUUUUCGUCGGCAAUCUAACCGAUAACACGAAAGCACCACAAGUACGGGAACUGUUUAAAAAAUUCGGCACCGUAGUCGAGGCCGACAUCGUUCGCAACUAUGGAUUCGUGCACCUCGAAUCGUCGGGAGACGUGAACGAGGCGAUUAAAGAGCUCAAUGGUAUGAUGGUCGACGGUCAACCGAUGAAAGUGCAAAUUUCGACUAGUCGCGUACGUCAGCGACCCGGCAUGGGCGAUCCUGAACAAUGUUACCGUUGCGGACGCGGCGGACAUUGGUCUAAAGAGUGUCCCAAAGGAAUGGGCCCGGACAGAUUCCGCGAACGUAUGUUUGGACGCGACCCCUAUCCACCACCACCACCCCCACCAUUUCUACGCGAUCGGAUGAUGGGACGUUUUGGGGACGCCUACGAUGGUUACUACGACAGACGUUUCCCGGAAGACACUCGCGACUUGUACGAGCGUCGCUACUCGAGCAUGCCGUCGAGAUCGGAAAUGGCGCUGCGCAGCGGCAGAGACUUUUUGCCGCCGCCGUUGCCGCCGAGGCGCGAGCCUUUGCCUCCGAUGCCGUCGAUCGGGCUCAGAGGCUCUUCGUCGUCCAGCAUGAGCUCGCGCAUGGCCGAGCCCAGCUAUUCGCGCAGCGCGGCCGCUGAGUACAGCAUGUUUAGUAGGCGUUCGCCGCCUCCGAGCAGUUCGAUGAGCGGUGCUAGGAUGAGCAGGAUGUAUGAGGAUUUCAGUCGGGAUACUUUCGAAGAUAGAAGGCCUUCGAUGAGAGGCUCGUCUCCGCCUAGAAGAUACGCACCUUAUUAACGUGUAAGCUGAAUUAGAUGAUGUGUAUUUUUUUUUUGUUCUAUGUAAUCUGCAUAUUAUUGGAUUUUAUGCAAUCGUUUUUAAAUUAUAAUAAUUACUAUUUAAUGUCUAGGAGGAAUCUAUUUAGCCGUAACUGUUUUUUUUUUUGUCUUUCAAUAAGUGACCAAAAUUUUGAUUUUAUA